ACGUACAUACAAUCCGGCACAGCGACUGUUUCCUCUCAAUUUAUCUACGCCCACUUCGGUAAACGCACAACAAAUUACCCCUUCUCUCAGCCGUCAAGACAUUUCAGACACUGCAAGAAAAAAACUCUUACGUCUUGAAACCUUUUUCUUAAAAUCGUCGUCUUAAACAACGAUUAAGAUGCCAGGAAGAGACAGAGAAAUCACUUUUGAGAAGCCGGAAAGCAGAGGAAAGUUUGUGGCGGGAGGAGUUCUUGUUCUGGUGCUUGUGGUUGUGCUCGCCGUGGCCAUCGCCGUACCGUUGGCGCUACAGCGGCGGGACGCGAUCUCGGACAGGGCCCGCCGACUGAUGGAGGAAGUCCCGCUGGUAGACGGGCACAACGAUUGGCCAUGGCAGCUCGCAAAGAACUUCGGGAACCGCCUGAGCCAGGUGAACCUGGGUAAUGACCUGCGCAGUGCGUACACCCACUCUCACACGGACAUCCCCCGUCUCAGGCAAGGCAUGGUGGGAGCACAGUUCUGGGCCGCCUACACCCCGUGCAACUCCCAGUACAAGGACACCGUCCGCUGGGCUCUGCAACAAAUCGACGUGAUAGAGCGGAUUGCCGCCAAGUAUCCGGACACGUUCCAGUUUGUCACAACUGCACAAGGAAUCCAGGACGCGUUUGACGCAGGUAAGAUCGGCUGUAUGGUUGGCGUGGAGGGCGGACACAUGAUUGACAGCAACCUGGCAGCUCUGCGCAUGCUCUACAAGCUGGGGACCCGCUACAUGACUAUCACACACAGCUGCAACACUCCAUGGGCGGAUAACUGGCAAGAAACAUUGAACCCAACUCCAGAACACAACGGACUAACGGACUUUGGAAAGCUCGUCAUCCAAGAGAUGAACCGUCUGGGCAUGUUAGUGGACCUGUCUCACGUGUCCUUUAAGACGAUGCACGACACGCUGGACGUGACCCGAGCUCCCGUCAUCUUCAGCCACUCCUCUGCCUACUCCAUCUGUAACCACACCAGGAACGUGCCGGAUGACGUGCUCAGGAGACUGAAAGACACAGGGGGCGUUGUGAUGGUGAACUUCUAUAACGACUACAUCAACUGUGGACCCAACAAGACUGAGAACACAACAAUCGCACAAGUUGCAGACCAUUGUGACUACAUCCGGGACGUUGCGGGAGAAGAUCACGUGGGUCUGGGAGCAGACUAUGACGGGGUCACGAGGGUGCCGCAAGGGUUGGAGGACGUGUCCACGUAUCCUGCUCUGAUUGAGGAGCUGUUGAACAGGGGGUGGACGGACGACCAGAUCAAGAAAUUCCUCGGUCUCAACCUCAUCGAAGUCUUUAAGAGGGCCGAGGAGGUGAGUGCCAGUAUGACGAUGGACCCGCUCGAUAACCUCAUCCCGACUACUGCCAUCCAAAACGAGACCUGCAGAACCUUCCUGUAGUCAAAGUGCAUUUUGAAGCAUAUAUUGUCACGUGGUGUUCACGUGAUUUUUCACGUGGUGUUCACGUGAUCACGCCAUAGACCAAUGCGAACCGUCCACCAUUUUGAAUUUUGAGGUCAAAACAUGACAAGUUCGAAUUCAAAGUAUGACAUUAGCAAACAUAACGUUUCAUGAAACGUUAGUACUAGCAUUGUAGUAAUAUUGUAGAACUUUUAGUCAUUUUAGUAUAAUAGAACAGUUUAUUUUUUCCUUGGCAAGGAUGUCUGGAAUUGCAAAUAUUACAAAAGACACCAACAGGUUUACGCAAAUGUAACCAUAAAGCCUUAAUUCAGACCUAGACACAUCUGGUGUAUUUAGUGCACUUAUGCAGAAAUACAGUGUUAAGAGUGAUCUACGUAGGCAUAUCUAAUACAUGACUAGAGCAAAUAUGCGAAAGGCUGUGUUGAAAACUUGGUGUACUACUUCCUUUGGCCUUAGACAUAUGCUAUUUAAAGAAGUGACGUUUGUGCUCGAUAGAUUAUAGAGAAUAUAGUGCAGUUUAAAGACAGAUACGUGACGAGGUCUAUAUUUUUAAGACUGGGUCAACAUAGGAUGCAUGCAAUUCCCUUUAGAUGUGCGUGUGUAACGUUAUACCACGUGUUUUAAUGCUAAUAAAAGAUGAAGACAAAUUGA